AUGUCUACUGUAGGGGUCGCUUUCCGCACUUUGCUCGGCAUCAAGCCUUCUACUGCUUCCACCAGCGACAGCGUUCUGGUCAUUAUCGAUGCCCAAAACGAGUAUGCCACUGGAAAGCUUAAGAUCGAAAAUAUUGAAGCCUCGCGUCCCGUUAUCGCCUCUCUACUAGAGAAGUACCGUGCUGCCAAGGCACCCGUCGUCCACGUCGUUCAUGCCACACCUUCGGGUGCGCCUGUUUUCACCCCGGAUACAGAGCUUGCCGAGGAGUUCGACGAGUUGAAGCCUACGGAAGGCGAGAAGGUUGUUGAAAAGUCGCACCCAGGCUCGUUCACAGGAACGGAUUUGCAAGAAGUCUUAACUGCUACCGGUAGGAGCAAGAUUGUGCUUGUCGGCUACAUGGCCCACGUCUGCAUUUCAACUACUGCUCGUCAAGGCGCUGAGCGAGGAUGGGAUAUUCUGGUGGCCGAAGAUGCGGUUGGCGACAGAAACAUCCCCGGCGUCAACGCUCAAGAGUUGAAGAAGGUGGCUCUCCGCGAGAUCGACGACGCCUUUGGUACCAUUGUUCAAAGCAAGGAUAUCAACUAG